CAUUAGUUUGGGCUCUAUUGAUAUUAGUCUGGGUCUUUCGAAUAUUUGUUAGGUCUUUCGGAUAUCUGUCUGGGUCUUUCGGAUAUUUGUCUGUGAUUUGUUGAUAUUUGUUUAAAUAAAGAAGGUAUUUGUUUGUUCUUUAAGGAUAUUAGUCUACAAAAAGACAGAUAUCCAAAUUGUUGUGAUUUCCCUGUACAGUAAAAUAUCCAAAUUCGUCAAACAACUAUCCAGGCAAUUGAUAUUCAGGCAACUCACAACAAAUAUUCAGAUAUACCAAACAGAUAUCCAGGCAAUCCACAACUGAUAUCUAGGCAAUCCACAGAAAUAUCCAAACCCGUCAACACUCGUAUCCAUCACACAAACCCCAACCAACCAUUAACAAGCCAAGCCAGCCAAAACCCCCAAUCCAUUAAACCCUAAAUACAAUUCAUGCCAAAACCUAAAAACGAAUCUAUGAAAUAAAACAAUCUUAAGUACGAAUGAAGCAAGGGGAAAACAUACCUUAUCGUUCACUCUUGUCUCGCUGCCGUCACCGUCGCGAUGCUGUCAAAACCGCCGUCGCAACAUCACUGACCGUCGUCCUCGCCACAACCGUCAAAGUCGCCGUCGAUUCCUCGCGCCACCGUCGCCGUCGAUCCCUCGCACCACCGUCGCAGUCGUCGGCGACGUCGUCAUACACGAUCGAGAGAGGAAAGGGAGAGGGAGAGAGAGGGAGAGGGCAGACUCUUUUUAGAGAGAGAGGGAAAAUUUCGAAUGAAUGGUUGGGCUGCUCGAUCCAGCAAAUAUGGGUAGGUUUUUUACAAAUUUUGGUUUUUUUGAAAUUGUGGGCCCUGCGGGUCCAAUUUUUUUUCCAGGGCCUUGGUGACGUGGAGGCACAUCUGGCUUUGUUAGUAUCUACUAACAAAAAUGCCUGUUAGCAAAAUAGCUAAAUUGAACUUAAAGAAACUUGUUAAACUUAUCCGUCCAGUCCGGACGGAUGGCAACGAAACCCGAACCCACGGGUACCCACCCGACCCAACCCGGUCAACGCGGGUAAAACCCGUGUUGACGGGUUUUGGGCCGGGUUCGGGUUUAAAACCGCUACACUAUUCACCGGGUCGGGUUGGGUUUGGGUUUAGGUAAACCCCCCCAUGGGUACCCGCCCACACACAUAUAAUCACUUUCCCGGUAUAUUUAAUAUUCUAAAUAAUAUAUCUUCCUUAAACAACUAAUAUUCUUUAUGUUUGUGGCGACAUGUAUAAUUUGUAUGCUCUAGAUUGGUGUUUUUUGUAUGAUUAAUUUGUAUGAAAAAAUUGAAGUUAAACUUUUAUUUUGAAAGAAACUUUUUACUAGAAAAACUCACGGGUACCCAUGAACCCGCGGAUACCCAACGGGUUGGGUUAGGUUUGAGUUUUUCAAACCCAACAGGUUUUACCCCUGGUUUUUUUGGCAGAUAAACCAAUGGAUUUGGGUUUGACAAAACCCGCCCAACCCGACCUAUUGCCAUCCUUAAGUCCAGUCCACAAACCCUAUUAUCUUUGUUCGCUUCUUCUCCUCCCAUUCCUCCCUCCCACCACAAACCCUAUUCCCCCAACCCCGUCGCUACAACAAUGGCUGAGCUUCUACAGACUGCCGUGGAAGGUCUGAUCGGUGAGAGGAAGAGGAUUUCCACCAGGGUGAACUCGCUUUCUACUUACCGUACCAGCGUCAUGAAUCUGGAAGCAGGCAUCGGCUCCGCAUCGAAGUUGUGCGAGUUGCAGAUGUGUAUCGCUAUGGUUGCAAGGGACAUCAAUGUCGACAUAGAAUCCUUCGAAGGCUACAAAAGGUUUAUCUUCACAGGGUUAAUCAACUGCACCAGCGUUGCGAGGAGUAUGAUUGAAUUGAUGCCCGAUGAUCUGGAGCUAGACCUACCGAAGGCCUCGUGCGAAUUCCUCCUGGGGACCGAUGACCGGCAACCCGUGUUGACCGACCUUGCGAGAAGAGGAAUUGAAGAGAUGCCGAAGCUGGAGGCAGAGGAGGCGGAGCCAGAGGACCGGCUUGUCAAGGACACGGCCUCUUUGAUCACCCACUUCAAGAACAUGAAGAGUAUACUGAUGUCCAUCAAGGAAAACGCUGCAGCAGGGGAAAAUAGCUCACAGAAAGGCUUGGAGGAGUCAUACAAAGGGGAAUUGUUUGCCUUUGAAGACGGAAAGGUCAGGAUCGUCCAGACAAUGCUUAAACUGAGCGAUGCCUUGAUCAAAGAGAUCGAGCCCCAGCGGGAGUUGUCACGAGCCGAAAGGUCUAUGUCCGUGACAGAGUUUAUGGAGCCGUUGAAGGAAAUGCUCGACCUGCCUUCCAAAGAGAUCCCUCAUGACCUUCCCCCUUUGUAAAGAGCCCCUGAGCUUUUCUGAUCAGCGCACCAUUUGAUCCAAUGAUGAUCUGUAAGUACUACUUAGCCACUUCCCAUUCCCAAUAACAUGUGAUGUGAUGUGAUGAGUGAUGAUUUCGAUCGAGUAUGUUGAAUUUUAUUGAACCUUAGUUGGAUUGUUGUUGAACAUAACCUCUCGCGGCUGAAGGCUUUGAUACCAUGCAUUUUUUAGCCAACCGGUAGAAUGAAGGGAACAAGUUGCUGCAGCACUGUACAACUUGCUGAGUUUCUGAAAGCUUACACUGAGUUUCUGAAAGUUGUAAGCUUUUUUUAAUGCGUUGAAUGCUUGAAUGAGGAAAUUCUACUCCCGCCAUAGACACCAUGUUUUGCACACUUUGCACAAACUUUAAUGAAGUAAAGAGGUCUAUCUACUCCCCUCACGCUCGCGCCGAAGGAUUCGAUUGUGUUGUGUACACUUCUACUGAUCAUCAUGCUUACCCUUCUAAGGGCCAUUAUGUGGUUCAAUCAUAACAUAUAAUCUGGAUAUAUACCUCUAUUUGUGAUUUACAUAUGAAGUACAUAAUUUACAUUCGAGAAAUAAUGUUUAUGUGUAACUGCUGUAAGUUAUGUAGAUUUACCGACUGUAACUACCUAUAUAAGAUCGAUCCCUCUUCGACAAGUUUCCUGAUCCGUUCUUUGUUGUUGUUGCUGCUGCUGUUAUUGUUUCACCAGGUGACGGUGAUGCAACCGCUACUUGUGGGAUGCUGGCUUGCUGAAAUGGAGGCAAAAAUAUAUAGUCGUUUUUUUGUUUUGUCGCACUUUCUGGAUUUGGUGCUUAUGUUUGCUCCUCUAAUCAGGAUGGUGGAGAUGACAUUUGUGUUUGUUGGUGGUUAUGUUUGUUCCUCUAAUCAGGAUGGUGGAGAUGACAUUUGUGUUUGUUGGUGGUUGGAUUAUGGAAAUCUUUGAAUUGUCAGCAGUUGGGUUUGUUUAACAUUACAUUUGGUUGUCCUCUUGGUUUGCUUUUCUCGGGCUUUCAAGUUUUUGUUCUUUUUUAAGCUUGAGUGGCUAGAUCAAUGGGAAAGCAUUCUCUUGGUACGAGUUAUUCCAAGAUGUAAGCAUGUUGUGAAAUGAAACAGGAGAACAAUUGUCUGAGGGGGUUGGGGUUUGACUUUGAUCCAUGGUUAUAUUUCUGGUUUGUUCAUGGAUGUGAAUGAAUAAGAGCUCGGAUAUGCUGCAAAGGACUUGCUCUUGCAGUUUGAAGCCUGUGCCUGCAGAUUAACUCGACCUUCAAAGUUAAACAGUGAAGUGAAGCAAGUGAUGGGAUAGGAAAACUAUCCUAUUAGAAUGAGUCAAGACAAUAUCCUUCUCUCUACUAUCGGUCUGCUUUCGUUUCAUGAUGAUUCUUACCUUGAUAAACUAUUCCGAUUAGGAGUGUCAGUUCGGUUAUCCGAACCAAAACCCGAUGAAAACUCAAACUCGAAAUAAUUGAAAACGAACUCAAAAUUGAUGAGGACUUUCGGUUUUUGUUUAACCCAAAUCCGCAAAAUCCUUGUCGGGUUCGGUUAAAGCAAAAUUCAAAAAACCCUAAGAAUACGGGCCAAGUGCUAUUCCUUGAAGGUUUUCAGCCGAAACUUGAAAAACCGAUAAGCAAAGCCGAACCCGAAACCAAAAAACCUGAAACCCGAAACAAACACGAACCCGAAAACCAACAAUAUAUCUAAUUGGUUCGGUUUUGGUUAAAACCAAAAAAACCAAACACGAAUGGACACCCCUAAUUCCCGAUUAGACGACCAAAGCUUUUCCAGCAGGAUGAUGUUAAUGAUCUUUUCAGGAGUCUCCAAAGAUAGCAGGGGCUUGAAAUCUUGCCUUUGAUAACCGAGGACUAGCUAGGCGUAGAUCUUUUCUCUUCCUUUGAUAUUCGAUAAACCGUCAUCAUGACCUCCUCCUUCCCACACUCCAUAAUAAAUUAUCCUAUUCCGA